UUUCGACCCGUCAACACAAGAAGACAGCAUGGGUUGCGGCAGAUCAAAGGGAUUGUGUCCUAGCUUUGGGCGUCAUGGAGCUGAUCAAGCCGACGAAGAUGCAGCUGCGUCGCAGGCACCCGCCGAGAAGCAGGAAGGCGAAGGGUUGUCGACGCCCCCAGACACACCGCAGGACGACUUGCAGUCUCCAGCCGUCGGUGAACAGCUCGGUGUGCUUUCCACCCAACGCUUCGAAGACGUGUACGCGUUGGCGACGAACCAAGUUCUCGGUGAGGGGGGUUCCGCCAAGGUGUACGUUGGCACCCAUCGUCGCACACAUCAACGUGUUGCGGUCAAGGUGUUUGUCAAGGCACAGAUGCGCGAUUCCGAAGUGAGCGACCUGUUCGAGGAAGUGAACAUUUUGAAGCAGAUGAAGCACGCUCACAUCCUGGAACUGUUUGCGUUCUUCCACGAGUCCACGCAUUUCUACAUCGUCACGGACCUCCUGGAAGGCGGCGAACUGUUUGACCGGAUCAUCGAAAAGGAAUUCUACAGCGAAAAAGAGGCGCGCGACCUCGUGAAAAUUCUCCUCACCGCGAUCCAGUACAUGCACAGCCUCAACAUUGUACACCGCGACCUCAAGCCGGAGAACAUCCUCUUGCAAAGCCUCACGGACGACACGUCCAUCAAACUUGCUGACUUUGGGUUUGCCAAAUCCGACAUUCAUGGCACCAUGACGGCGAAAUGCGGGUCUCCAUCGUACAUUGCGCCAGAAAUCCUAUCCCAACCCCAGUACGGCCGCGCCGUGGACAUCUGGAGCGCCGGCGUGAUCACAUACAUCCUUCUCUGCGGAUACCCUCCAUUCCAAGGGGCGACGGACGCCGAGCUGUUUGCCAACAUCCAGCGCGGCCAGUUCGAGUUUGACGCGCCCUAUUGGGACGACGUCAGCGCCGUAGCCAAGGCGUUCGUGUCGAGCAUGCUCGUGCUGAACCCAGCGGAGAGAGCGACGGCGGAUGCGCUGCUGCAGCAUCCGUGGAUCACGGGUGUCGUGUCGUCGGUGCCGCUCAAGACGGCCGUGCAAGAGCUCAAGCGGUUCAACGCACGCCGAAAGUUCAAAGCCGCCGUCAAGACUGUCCAGGCCACGGCGUCGCUGCUCGGCCGAGCGCGGACUCGCGGGUCGUCGCUGGCAGUGGACAACACAGUUUAGAUAGUUAUCAUGGUCGUACAUGGAUUAUUUGGUGAUGGACUGGCCCCUCCCUGUAGCAUUCGCUAAGAACUUGCAUAUUGCUGGGAAGAACGGAGUGCGGCACCUCCCGGAAGUGACACUUCUGUAUACCAAGAUCGGAGAGCUUUAAUGUUUUGAGUUCUGAUUGGCUAAAUUGAAUGGUUUUAUUAAGUAAUACAGGUUUUUAUAAUCCA